AUCACGGUAGUGCUUCCGUCAUCGUGUUCGUCGUCCUUCCGUUUGCCUCCACCGCAGCCGCCGAUUGACGUAUAGCCGUAAUUUCAAAAAAUCUCGCAUAGGCCUAAGUCACGCUUAUUUUUUGUCUGCAACGAUCACAGACGAUCGUUGCCGAUUACAUAUUAUACAGUAAUUUCACAUUCAGGACAGCCGCGGGAACAUAUUAAGCAGUAGUAUCGCGACAUCAUCUGUCGUGGUAUUAUAAUAUUGCAAUUUUGUCGUCGUCGUUGAAGGCUUUGUGAGGCGACAAUGAAACUUCAGGCACGUUCGUCGGGCGGCAGCACACCGUCACCGCAAGGUCCACUAAUGUCGCCGACGGCUGGCACCAGCGUCCGGUGGUCGCACCGGAACAGCGCGUUCUGUCCGGUGCGGUCGGCCGCCGCGGCCGCGGACACGCCCGCCGCCGAGAUGCCGUAUCCCGCGGUGGCAACGCCCGGCCACAUGAUGCCAUACGGAUUUCUCAACGUACCCAUGUCGCCGUACCUGUGGCCGCUCAUGAUGCCGUACUCGCCGCUGUCCGCACCAGGUCAGGCAUUCUGCGCCGCCAACACCGGCACCACCGAAUACCAGCGUCAGCUCCAGCUUCAGAUCCAUCACAUGCACCGGCAGCAACACGAACGGUUUCGGCAACUGCAGUUCUCGCCCGACAGGGCCAGCGUGGACGCGGCCGGCCAAACGCCCGAAAUGGCCAGACUCGAUGAAGUUUCUGAAACGCCGUUGAACUUGUGUAUCAAAAAGCGAAGUCAAGAAAUUUGGUCGCCCGGAAGUUUGUGCGAGAAGGAAACGUCACCCGUAUCCGUUGCCCCGGAAACUUUAACAGACAAUGUUCUGGGAGUAGAGAGAUCUUUUCAGUGCCAGUUAUGCUACAAGACGUUUAAGCGUUCUUCCACGCUAUCGACGCAUCUACUUAUUCACUCUGACACGAGACCAUAUCCGUGUCAGUUUUGCGGUAAACGGUUCCACCAGAAGUCAGAUAUGAAGAAACACACAUAUAUACACACUGGUGAGAAACCGCACAAGUGCGUGGUGUGUCACAAGGCGUUCAGCCAGUCGUCCAACCUGAUCACGCACCUGCGCAAACACUCCGGCUACAGGCCGUUCCCGUGCGGCCUGUGCGACAGGGCGUUCCAGCGGAAGGUGGACCUGCGCAGGCACCGGGAGAGCGUGCACCCCGGGUCACCGGCCGCCCAACAGUACCACAUCACCAGCACCACGGCCGCGGUGGCCGAGCACCCGACCGCCGUCAGCAUCGCCGCCGCGCUGCAGGCCCCGUCCCCUGCCGCCGUAUCCGCUUCCGCCGCGGCCGCAGCCGCAGCUACAGCCUCGGCCAUUGACGCCGCCGUGGCCGGAAGUGGCGGCACGGUCAGCUAGUGGACGCGCCGCGGAAAUGACGCGUCGACCGGCACACGUUCUCGUCUUGGCGGUGCCCAAGCCCACUGCCGCACUAGUCUGUACCGCGGCAGGCCUGGACACCGAUGACGAAACGAGAGGACGAACUCUUGGCGCGCUCCUCUUCGUCGGAUGUUCGACACGUCCGCGCAAGCGAAGGCGGUGACCACCGCCGUACAGCGACUCGUCAAAGACUAAUAUAUAUAUAUUUUUGAAAAAACCUAUUCUAUAUAUACAAGUACGCGCUGCUACCGCCUCCGUGCCAACGAGACCAAAGUGAAUGUCCAAACAUCACCGUUCGGGGAAGUGCCACAAAGAAUUAUCUUCACAGCACCUACCCGUGUGACUGACAGUACACCGCGAAUUCUUUGGCCACGAACAUAUGCAGGAAAUAUUGAAGAAACUAACGAUUAGCAUUUAAACCGCAACACGCGAUGACGACUACGACGGUCGUAUAAUAAGCAUUAAUAUAAUAUAACACGUCAUUAUGUGAAUUACGACCGGUCGCCGCCGAUCAGGGUGGUCUGCGCCUGGCUAUUUCUUUUACGCGAGUUUUGCAGAAAUAUAACUUAGAAAAAUAAAUAACGCCCGCUCGCCCCGGGAGGCCUGCAGCGCCGGUCUCUCGGGACGCAUCUCCAACUUGCGCGAACAUAUGUUUCAUCCCUCCACCCACGCAUCGGCGGGUUAUACAUCAUAUUAGAAUGCGUACUACAUGUACGAGUAUAUUAUGUCGUGUUCGUCGAGGAACUUCUUGUUAGGCAAAGGCCGAAAAUCGCGUGUACCUACCUACUGCAACUGGGAAUGAGAACGGCACACGUGGUCGCUCUACUGCAGUGGUGUUUGUAUUCAAUGCACUCGACAAGUCGUGAUUUAUAGUGUUAUCGACGGCCGAAAAGAACUAAGCGUGAACGCAUUAUUAUUUAUAGUCAACAGAGUCAACAGACCAUUAUUAUUAUUAUUAUUAUUAUUAUAUUAUUAUUGUACAUAUAAUUAUUAUUUUAACGUCGAGUCAUAUAUGUAUAUCAUAAAUAUAGUUCAUUACAAUCGUAACCCGCAGCAGUUCGCACACAUACGGUGGGCCUCGAACCACAUGGAUUCCAGUCAUGUACCUGCCGUACACCGUAGCGGACAUGUGCGCAUCUCUAGUCCGUCCACACGUUUACCAUUCGAUUCUACUAGUGUGCAGAAUCGUGUAAUAUAUAAUAUUAUGACGUUAUAUAGCCUCUAUGUUAAGUAUUUCUAUUUUGGCGCGUUCGAAACACGCCGCACAGUCGGCGAGUGAUGGACGCAGCUUGAUCAUUAUUAAUAGUAUUUAAUAAUAUUAUAUAUAUAUAUAUAUAUACUACGCAUUCACCCCAUACGAAAAAUGCUUGAAAAAAAUGAUUGCCUAUAGUUUUUAUUAACACUUUUGUUUACGUGUAAAUAUUUUUAUUAUAAUUUCAAUUGCAUUCAGCGUGUUGUUGGCCAUUGUAUCGAUUACGAUAGUUAUAUUAUACCACGGGCUUUCGCAGCGUUAUACGCGGCGUAGCCGCACGCGCGUGUACACUGGGCGCGAUAACAUUACGACGAAUUUAAAAAAAGAAACCGUUUUACUUUUUACCGAUGCCCGUUUUUGUUCGAAACAAUUAUUUAUACAUCCCAGCGAAGAAGAAAAAAUAUAUACACCGGCGCGCUCACAACGCGGUAAUAAAAAUACCCGGCACACAUUUCACAGUUUCGGUCAUUUUUUACAUAUAUUUUCUUUUAUUUACACCUGUCCUCACUGCAGUGCAGGACACGUGCGCAUUAUUAAUUACUUUGCCGGCGCCGCUAGAUAGUAAACGGCGCUGAUAUUAUUUUUACCGGUAUACAUACUUAUUACUUCGACGUAAAGCAAGCUCAAUGCAAUUGACGAACAAUCCGUAAUAUUCGCAUUUGUCAUAAGUCAUCGCUAUCACAACCAUAAUCCUAUUGCUAAUAUUUUCGAUGGUCCCACAUUUCGGUGACUUUUUUUUCAUCAUCAUUAUUAAUAAUAAUAUUAUUGAGAUCGCUUCACUUCGUGUUAACCAUAUCAUAUACAUCAUACUCAAUAUUAUUGUACACGCGUUUACUUAUCGUUGUGAUUAUUAUAAU